ACUACGCAUAUAGUGCCGAUCAGAGUAGUCUAAAUCUAAAACUAUCUAAAAUGUUGAAGGUGAUUGUUUUGUUGCUUUCUAUCUAUCAUGUUUACGCAUAUACGGUAACACACCGCGUGACAUUUGAAAUUCAAAAGGAUAAUGAGUACAUAGGAAAUAUCGUAUUAGGGUUGUAUGGUUCUGUGGUUCCAAAGACUGUCAAGAAUUUUGUACAGUUUUGUAAAGGAUAUGAAUAUAAAGGGAAACAUUACUCUUAUGUAGGCGUUCCAUUUCACAGAAUCAUUCCCAAUUUCAUGAUUCAGGGAGGAGAUGUCGUUAACCAAAAUGGAACUGGUUCUAUUAGUAUCUUUGGUCAAACAUUUGAUGAUGAAAAUUUUACCAUAAAACACUCAAAGAGAGGUCUUAUCGCCAUGGCCAACAGAGGUCCUCAUACAAAUGGAUCACAAUUCUUCAUAACUACUGUCAUCACGAGUUGGUUAAAUAACAAACAUGUAGUCUUUGGCGAAGUUUUAGAGGGGGAUUACGUUGUACAGGCCGUAGAAUCCGUGGGAUCAGGUGAGGGAAGGCCAAAAGCUACGGUUGUUAUCUCUAAAGCAACAGUAGAAGAAGUAGGAGAAUUGUAAACCAAAAGUUUUGUGUCAAAGUAACAUACAUAUUCUAACGUUGAGGAAUUGGUCAGAAUAAAUCAUAAAAAAGGGUCGGUAUAAAGUUCCUUGAAGGAACCAUAUUUGAUUAAACGUAUACGUACUAAUAUUCUAUUUUUUCAAUCUGGCAAAUCUCUAAAAGACAGACCAAUUAUCAUGCGACCAUUUUGGUGUGUAACUGAAUUUUUUGCUAAUAUCGAGUACUAAGCUCUAUUACUACUUAAACUAGGAAAAAUCACUGAUCUCUGUUUCUUACCAGAGGCAGACAAAAAUAUGUAGAUAAGCUUG